UCUAGGGAAGCCUCCUUUCAUAGUCCAAGAAGCAAGGAAGAGAAUCCAAAGAGAAGAGGGUUGUUUUUGAGGAGGGUUGGCAAAUCGAUAGGAGUCGAAAUCGCCGGAAACCGCCACUUCAAAGGAGCUAGUCGUAGUUGCAGACCACGAAAGCCGCCCGGCUUUCGUGAAAGCCGCCCGGCUUUUGCCCAGGCAGUCCAGUUCUGCCUUUCAAUCGGCCUAGAACGGGGAUUGAUCAAGGGCGUAACAAAGGCAACUAUUGUAGCACAUCACGAGUUUCAGGUAGGACUUGAAGGUUGCUACCGGCGCCCGUUGCUUCAGGGAUUUCCAAGGGAGAAGACGUGGUUCGUGCUUCUUCUGUUUCCUGUUUUCAAAACAAUUAUAACAAUGCUCAUGGAUACUAUUUUUGAAUAACUAUUUGGGGGCUUGUAUGCCCAUGUUUGCCAAAGUGUGGCUAAGACAUCUUUAUUAAAUGCUUUCGCUGUUUUAAAUGAAUGAUUUACAUUAUGCUUGUU